CGGGAUAGGAGAGGCUGUGGCCCCUUCUCGCAGGGGCCCCAGAUUGACGCUGCAGCCCGGCGCGACUGGUAGGGACGGCGGCAGUAGGAAGCACCCGAGGCUGGUCCCGAGGCGGGAGGAGCCGCCUCGGGCAGCGCUUCGUGGCCGAGGCGCUCUCGGCGGGGCUCCCCGGUAGGGCCCGUGCCGGCGGAGCCCAAGCGGCGGCCCGGCAGUGAAGAUGGCGACCCCGGGGAUGGGUUGGCAGCAGCCGCAGCACAGCUACGGCGGUGGCUCCGCGUCUGGCUCGGGAAAACUCGGCUCUGGUUCGGCCCAGCUAGGGCCGGGCGCCGAGCACAGCCCGGACCUGCAUUUCAAAAUGAGCAAGAAGAUUGCCCAGCUCACGAAGGUAAUAUAUGCUUUGAACACUAAAAAUGAUGAACACGAAGCUACUAUCCAAGCCCUUAAGGAUGCUCAUGAAGAAGAAAUUCAACAAAUUCUUGCAGAGACCAGAGAAAAGAUCUUGCAGUAUAAAAGUAAAGUUGCAGAAGAAAUGGAUCUCAAGAGAAAGAUCCAGGUUUUAGAGGAGUCACUGGAAGACCAUAAAAAAAUGAAACAUCAGGCCUUGACAGAAUUUGAAGCCUAUAAGGGUAGAGUUGAAGAUAUGCAGCUUUGUGCGGAAGCUCAGCAUGUCCAACGUGUAGUGACCAUGUCCAGAGAAGUAGAAGAGAUCAGAAAGAAAUUUGAGGAAAGGCUACGAAGUUUCAUACAGUUGCAAGUACAAUAUGAGAAGGACAAGCGUACAGCUCUGGAAGACUUGAAAGCUGCCCACAGACUUGAAAUUCAAGAACUCCUGAAGACUCAACAGAGUCAGAAUGCUACUUUAAGUAAGGGACAAGAAAAACUAGAGGAGUUGCAUAAACUGGAGCUGGAAGAUUUGAACAAUAAAGUUGAAGAGUUAAGGCUGGAAAGGAAAAAACUCAUUGAGGACUAUGAAAGCAAACUCAGCAAAGCACAGUCUUUCUAUGAACAUGAACUCGAUUCUUUGAAAAGAUCUCAGCUUUUUACAGCAGAAAGUCUACAUGCUUGCAAAGAAAAAGAAGUGGAGCUAAGAAAAGAAUUUCAAAACCAGGAAAGUAUGUUACGGAAGAAUCUGGGAAAGCUUAAAACCGAACUGCAAAUGGUCCAGGAUGAAGCUGCUAGUCUGCGGGAAAAAUGCCAAAAACUUCAGGUUGCUCUUGGUACAGCAGAAAACAAUGUUCAGGUUCUUCAGAAACAGCUAGAGGAUGUGAAGGAGGAGGAGAUGUCAUUGUUAAGCAAACACAAAGAAGUGGAAAGUGAGCUAGCAGCUGCUAGAGAACGCUUACAGCAGCAGGCCACUGAUCUUGUUCUCAAAGCCAGUCACAUCGGAAUGCUUCAAGCUACUCAAAUGACUCAAGAAGUUACAAUCAGAGACUUGGAAUCAGAAAAGUCUAGAUUAAAAGAAAAACUAUCCCAACUGGAAGAGGAGAGAAACUUACUACAAAGCAAAACACAGUCUCUGGAUGAGCGACAAAGGCAGCAAAUUUUGGCCUUAGAGAAGAAAAUAAAUGAAGCAAGGGAGACGCAACGUGAGUAUUAUGAGAAGGAGCUGGUAAAAUUGCAAGCAAGAUUGGAAGGAGAGGCUGCACAGUUAAAGGAGGCUCAUUCCAAGACUUUAGAGGAAUUGGCAUGGAAACACCAUACUGCUAUUGAGGCUGCACACAGCAACGCUAACAAGGAUAAGAAAAAACUGCAGAUGGAGUUGGAGCAGCAGUUUGAGAAGGAGAAACUGCAUUUGGAAGACGAUAAGAAUCAGCUCCGACAGCAGCUGGAAAACCUCAAAGAAGAGCUGACAACAAAACUGACUUCUGCUAACCAGGAGGUGUGUCGUUUGCAAGACUUAGUACGAAAAAGUGAACAAGGCCUUGGUACUGCAGAAGGACAUAUCUCAAGUCUUCAAGAAGCUCAGGAAAUACUCCAGAAAGAGCUAGAAUUAACUAGAGCAAGACUGCGAGAGACCACAGAUUCACUGUAUAGUGUUGAGGGGGAAUUAGAUCAGGAGAGACAACAGCACGAGGCAAUGAUUGCUGCUAUGAGAGAGGAGGAAAAGUUCAAAGUUGAUAGAAUGGCUCGUGACUUGGAAAUAAAAUGGACAGAAAAUCUUCGACAGGAAUGUAAUAAGCUUCGGGAAGAGCUGAGGUUGCAGCAUGAAGAGGAUAAGAAGGCAGCCAUGACUCAGCUGUUGCAGCUGAAGGAACGUGAAAAAAAUGCAGCAAGGGAUGGAUGGCAAAAAAAAGUUGAAGAUCUUUUAGACCAGAUCUCCUUACUGAAGCAGAAUCUGGAGAUGCAGCUUUCACAGUCACAGAGCUCCUUGCAACAGCUACAAGCCCAGUUCAGUCAGGAGCGACAGAGGCUGACUCAAGAGAUCCAGGAAUUGGAAGAGGAGCAUCAGCAAAGGCAUAAGUCACUUCAGGAAGCCCAUAUCCUUGCCUUUCAAAACAUGGAAGAAACAAAAGAGCAAGAGCAAAAGGAAUUAGAAGAACGUUUACAACAGAAGCACUCGGAAGAACUUCAGGCGCUGAAAGAAACACAUAAACAAGCCAUGGAAGGUUUCAAAUUGGAAAUGGAACAGGAACUUCAGACUCUACGAUUUGAGCUGGAGGAUGAAGGAAAAGCUAUGUUAGCUUCCUUGCGCUCAGAGCUAAAUCAUCAACAUGCAGCAGCAAUUGACCAGCUAAGGCACAACCAUCAACAAGAACUGGUAGCUGCCAAAAUGGAGCUUGAAAGAAGCAUAGAACUUGGCAGGCAACAGGAGAAAGAAUUUUUAUGCCGAAUAUCAGAUCUACAAGAUGAACUGAGACACCGAGACCAUCAUAUAGCUGAACUGGACAAAGAGAUCCUGCAUCUUCAUGAAAACAUAAGUGCAUUGACCAAGGAAUUAGAGUUUAAAGGAAAAGAAGUUCUCAGAAUACGCAGUGAAUCCAACCAACAGAUCAGGAUGCAUGAGCAAGAUUUAAGCAAGAAACAUGAGAAAGAGCUGGAUGUCUUGACAACAGAUCACAUCAGAGAGAAACAAAGCAUGCUGGCAGAUUUUAAUAAGACCCAAGAGCUGCUCAAGGAAAUUAAUUCAGCUUUACAAAUUUCUUUAGAAGAAAUGGAAGAAAAGUAUAAAAACAGAGAAUCAAGACCAGAAGACUUGCAGCUAAUCUCAGAACUGAAAGACCUAAUUGCAGAGCGGGACCAACUCAUAAAGAAAUUGAUUGAGGACAAAAAGUUCUAUCAGCUGGAGCUAGUUAACAGGGAGACUAACUACAACAAAAUGUUUAAUGCAAGCCCUAAUGUUGGUGUUAUUAAUCCCUUGGUGAAGCAAAAGAAGAAGAACGAUAAAUCAACAAACAGGUUUGUGAGUGUCCCCAAUCUAAGUGCUCUGGAAUCUAGCGGAGUGGUGGGCAAUGGACAUCCUAACCGGCUGGACCCCAUUCCCAACUCACCCAUCCACGAUAUUGAGUUCAACAGCAGCAAACCACUGCCACAGCCAGUGCCACCCAAAGAGCCCAAGACGUUUUUGAGCCCUCCUCAGACUGAUGCUUCACCCGUGGCUUCACCAGAUCCACAACGCCAGGAGUGGUUUGCUCGAUACUUCACAUUCUGAGAGACGAUUUGUUUUUGUGGCACAGCGUGGUGUGGACUGUUUAUAAGAGCAUGACCUUAAAUAAACCCUCAUGUGAACAAGCUUUCCUGUAAUUUGUCAAACACUGUGAAUGAGAAAGUAUUUGUCUUUCCAAUUUGAAACUGCACUGUAUUCCAUGUUCUCUUUGUUGGAAUCACUUGACAGGUACUAUAUAA